AUGAGCAGAGCUUUGAACCGGAUUGCCAAGUUGCCAUUCACUCGUAGGAUUGAAAGGGUAGCUCCUCCUCGGCGUUUCCACCAGCCAACAUUCACCAUCUACAAUAGGCGAACAGACCCGGUGGAGCAUGUGAGUCAUUUCAAUCAAAGAAUGGCUAUUUAUUCCAAAGACGAAACCUUGAUGUGCAAGGUGUUCCCAUCCAGCUUAGGACCCGUAACGAUGAAAUGGUUUGACGGCUUGAGGACAGGUUCAAUAAAUUCCUUCAAGGAACUCACUCAAGCGUUCGGCUCCCGCUUUAUCACGUGUACCAGGGUCCCUCGGCCCUUAGACUCUCUAUUGUAUUUGUUCAUGCGAGAAGGGGAGACCUUGAAAACAUAUUCGGUCCGAUAUUGGGAGAUAUACAAUGAGAUAGAGGGUGAUUUCGAGGAUGUCGCCAUCAGUACCUUCAAGAGUGGCCUUCUAGUCGAGCAUGGUUUAAGGAAGUCCCUGACAGGAAAACCAGUCAUUAACUUGCGCCAGCUUGUGGACCGUAUUGACAAGUAUAAAAGGGUUGAGGAAGAUCAACAACUGGGUAAAGGAAAGACUAAGGUUAUCCUUCAGGAGAGAAGGGAUUUCAGGUCAGACCGAUUCAAUAACAACCGGCCCGAAGAUAUUUUGCUGGGCAAUCAGGGUCUACCAACACCCAGACUGUUAAUGCAGUAUUCUGAGAACCGGUGCAUCAGGUUCUAG